CGCCCGGACCUCUAAGUUCAGUCAUUCGCUCAACAAACGCUGUCUCUGUGUGGGAGCGGCCAGAACGCCAAAGGGAUGCAGAUCUGGCCCUGCCUUCUCGGUGCGGAAGCCCAGGAGGUGCGUGUUGGGCGAGAGGGCAGAUCUGACACGAAACAAUCCAGCACAGAGAAAGCUGCUUUCUUAAGGGCCCCGAGGUAAAAUGAGGCUCGGGAAGGUUAGGUGAGUUCUGGAGUCGAGCCCCAAGCUCUGUUCGGCCCCAUACCCUACGCCUUGACCCACUGCCUGCCGGACUUCAGCCAGCUGAUGCCCUGCACCCGGGCCAGAUGGGGGAGCAGCGGCUCCAGGCUCGAGCGCCCCCCACUGACGAGGUUGGGAUUCGCGCGUCCGCCGCGGUCUGGACUGGGGUCUCUGCCCCUCCCCUGGGCGGUGGUCCGGUGACGUCAUUGCCUCUUUAAGACCCCCGCCUCCGCCCCCGUCCCAGCACUCCGCCUGCUACUCCGAAUCUUAGUGGACUCCUUCGCAGUGCAGCUCCUCAACCUCAACCUCGCCAUGGCCUCCACUGGUCUGCAGAUCCUGGGGAUCGUCCUGACGCUGCUUGGCUGGGUGAAUGCCCUGGUGUCCUGCGCCCUGCCCCUGUGGAAGGUGACUGCCUUCAUCGGCAACAGCAUUGUGGUGGCCCAGGUGGUGUGGGAGGGGCUAUGGAUGUCCUGCGUGGUGCAGAGCACCGGCCAGAUGCAGUGCAAGGUGUACGACUCGCUGCUGGCACUGCCCCAGGACCUGCAGGCUGCCCGAGCCCUCUGUGUCAUCACUCUCCUAGUGGUCCUGCUCGGCCUGCUGGUCUACCUCGCAGGGGCCAAGUGCACCACCUGUGUGGAGGACAAGGACUCCAAGGCCCGUCUGGUGCUCAUCUCUGGGAUCAUCUUUGUCAUCUCAGGAGUCCUGACCCUGAUCCCCGUGUGCUGGACGGCCCACACCAUCAUCCAGGACUUCUACAACCCCCUGGUGGCCGAGGCCCAAAAGCGGGAGCUGGGAGCCUCCCUCUACCUGGGCUGGGCAGCUUCUGGCCUUUUGUUGCUGGGUGGGGGGCUACUGUGCUGCACCUGCCCCUCUGGGGGGUCCCGGGGCUCCAGCCAUUAUAUGGCCCGAUACUCGGCAUCAGCCCCGCAUACUGCCUCUCGGGGUCCCUCUGAGUACCCCACUAAGAAUUACGUGUAACUUGGGAAGGGGAGCAGGGGCUCCCUUGAUAGUGGAGCCUAACCCUCUGACCUGGAGCCAUGGCAAUGGUGAUCCAUGACAGCUUUGGUGUUGUUUUUGCUUUUUAUUGGGGGGGGGGCGGUGGUUAAUCCAUUUGAUAACCCACCUGGGCUCUGCUACUGGCGUUCCUCACCUUUGAAUGAUGGAGCCAAAGAGGUGAUGCUUCAGAGUUUCUGGAUCUUUCUCCACCCUAGACACCCCCAUCUUAGAGACCAACCUGGAGCUUUGGGCCCCAUGUGAAGGGUGCUUGCUGUCCAGGUGCUUUCAUCCUGUCCUCGAGAGUUCCUGCUGAUGUUGUGGGUAGGGCCUCCCUAGGCCUGCAGGGACAAGCCUUCCCUUGCUGGUCAGGCCUCUGGAACCCCCAGGGGCUUUUGAGCCACAUGUAGCCUCUAGAGGAGCAGGUGAUAAGUCACCAAAGACCCACCCACCUCCGAGUCUUCUGACCUCUGGCUCCUCCAUCCUGAGUCAUGUCCCCCCUCUGCUGACCCCUGACCCUCCCAUCCCCAGCCCCUGUGCACUUCUGCCAUGUCCUGCCCACACUCACCAAUUUUUACUAAAUAAAGCACGUUUUGUUUGGUUA